AUGGAUUCAGACACCUUGCAAGCCUUCCAGAAUGAACUCAUCUGCUCCAUCUGUUUGAACUACUUCGUAGACCCCGUCACCAUAGACUGUGGGCACAGCUUUUGCAGUCCCUGCUUGUGCCUCUGCUGGGAGGAAGCCCAAACUCCACUGUGCUGCCCUGAGUGCAGGGGAAUAUCAGAGAAGCCAGAGUUCAGAACCAAUAUUGUACUCAAGAGGCUGGCUUCCCUUGCCAGACAGGCCCAAGCUGCCCACGUCAACAGCUCUGAGGAGGAGAUAUGUGUGGCUCACAGAGAAGCAAAGGGGCUCUUCUGUGAGGUUGACAAGAACCUGCUCUGUGGGUCGUGCUCUGAAGCCCCAGAGCAUGAGGCUCACAGCCACAGUCCAGUACAAUGGGCUGCUGAGGAAUACAGGGAGAAACUUCUAAAGAGAAUGGGCUCUUUAUGGAAAAUGACUCAAGAAAUACAAAACAAUCUGAAUCAAGAAGCUAGCAAAACCCAGAUAUUAGAGGUCUAUGUAGCCUUAAGGAAAGUGAUGAUCAAAGUUCAAUAUCAUAAGAUGCAUCUAUUUCUCCAUGAGGAGGAGCAACUCCAUCUGGACACACUAGAGAAAGAAGCAGAGGAGAUUUUCCAGCAACUCAAGGAAAGUGAACUCAGAAUAACCCAAGAGAAAGAACGCCUGAAAGAAAUGUACAGAGACCUGACUGAGACGUGCCACAAGCCUAACGUGGAGCUGCUCCAGGACGUAGGAAAUUUACUGGAAAGGACUGAAUUGGCGCAGAUGCAAAAGCCUCAACCCGUGAACCCAGAACUCACUUCAUUGCGCAUCACUGGAAUCCUAGACAUGCUGAACAGCUUCAGAGUGGACAACGUUCUGAAUCAGGAAAUGACCAGUCACUAUAUGAGCCUUUCUGAGGAUGCGAUUUUUGGAGACGACCAUCAUGGCGGGUCCAGAGAGCCCCAGAGGGCGGAGAGUUUUGCGGCAUGGGGAGCUCAGGCCUUCACCUCUGGGAGGCAUUACUGGGAGGUGGAUGUGACACACUCCUCAAGUUGGAUUCUGGGAGUCUGUAAAGAUUCCUUGACAAGCAAUAGCAAUAUUAUUGACGCUGAGGAAACAUUUCUUCUAUUUUCUUUCAAGAUGAGCAAUCAUUACUGUCUCUCCACCAACUCACCGCUGUUAAUUCAGUAUGUGAAAAGGCCUCUGGGUAGGAUUGGAGUGUUUCUGGAUUAUGACAAUGGCACUGUGAGUUUCUAUGAUGUUUGCAACGGUUCCCUCAUAUAUAGCUUCCUCCCUUCCUCCUUCUCUUCCCCUAUGAAGCCUUUCCUUUGCUUUGGUUCCCACUAA